AUGAUAUUUUUAUGUAUGUUUACAGUUAUCGAGAAGUACACGGAAAAUGUGAGAUUUUGCAUAAUUUGCAAUUACUUAGGUAAAAUAAUACCAGCGCUACAGUCGCGAUGCACACGUUUUCGUUUCGCACCACUUCAGCAGAGUCAGAUAGUCCCUCGAUUACAGGAAAUUGUUGAAAAAGAGGGGGUAAAAAUUUCAGAAGACGGCAUUAAGGCGUUAUUGACACUCUCAGGUGGGGAUAUGCGAAAAGUACUAAACACAUUACAAAGCACUUGGCUAGCGUAUCGUGACGUCACGGAGGAUAAUGUGUACACUUGUGUUGGUCAUCCUCUCCGUUCGGACAUAAAUAGCAUACUCAAUUGGCUACUUAAUGAGAAUGAUUUCGCUACCUCAUUUCAACAUAUCCAGGAUUUGAAAAUAGCGAAAGGUUUAGCUCUAGGCGAUAUAUUGACGGAGAUACACACCAUAAUUACAAGAUUAAAACUACCCCCAGAGGUGUUCAUAUCUUUGUUAAUAAAGAUGGCGGACUCCGAAGCGCGUCUUGCAAGCGGGUGUAGUGAGCGAAUAGAACUGGCAGCUCUUAUCGCUGCUUUUCAGCAGGCCAGAGAACAAGUCAAUAUAGACGACUUACUCUAA